UUCACAGUGCAAGGCAGUUUAUGCAUGUGCAUAUACUGUAAGUGUAUGGGAGUGUAUCUGCAUUUGUGUCAGGUGUAUGUGUGUGUGUGUGUGUGAGAGAGAGAGAGAGAGACAGAGAGAGGGAGAGAGACAGAGACAGAGGUUCAUAAAGACUGCAAUAUUCCAGAUGGUCAGCCUGUCACACUGGGGUAAAUCACUGGCACUAUUUGCUCAGCUGCUGCGCUGUUUUAAUGAAUCUUUUAGUUUUACACAUAAGCAUAUACAGUAUGUUCACAUGUGUACACAUUUUUAUAAGUACUGUCCAGAACCAGAAAGAAAGAAAUUCACAAUAUUUAAAAGUUACAAAAAACAUAUAAAGUAAUUGCUGAUACACUUUGACAUAUUGACCUUCCAUGACCCUGAAUUGUUUCGUUGUGUACUCUGAUAGGUUUACAGUGUAGGGGCUUGUGGUAAAAUUUCAGUGUGAUGAAUUUCUACACUAAACCUUGACAAGUUGUAAAGUUACUGAUGCCAUUUCCUGUAAGCACUGUUUGAGUUUUUAUGAAAGUCCCAUUACAUGCGCAUCAUAUAUCAUCAGUCCAAGAAGGUCACGGGCUACUGGCACUGCACUUGGACUUAAUAUGACACUGCUUAUCAGGUCAUAAAUACCGGUGUCAAAGGCAUUUUUUUAACAUUAUUCAUUGCUGUUUUGUUUCAUUUCUUGAUGUUAAAUGUAUCGGUCAACAUUUACAUGCUUCAUCCCAGCAUGCAUUGCAGUGAAACACCUUAAACAGGUCACAAGUCUAUCAGAGGAUUAACACAUUUAUACAUCAACAAUAAGAGUUUGCAGUUGACCCGUUUUACAUGUCUUUGGACUGUUUGAAGAAAGUCACGUGAAAACAGGUCAAACAGAGUAGGACCAGUGUACAGGAAACUGACGGUUCUGACUAUCAGCUUUCACAGUUUUACUGACAAUAAUAUACUCUCCAAUCUGAGAAAAUAGUUGAAAUAGGAGUUGCGGUUAAAUGGAAAGAAAAUUCUGCCAGCAACAACGUUUCACCACCAGGCUUUGAUUCCAAUUCAGUCGUAAUGUCUUGACUGAAUCACUCUCCUUACUGUGAGUUCUGAGGCACUGAAUUGGGGUAGAAGUUUCAGAAUUAGUUAACGGUCUUAUUUAACUCCAAACCCAGACAUACAGCAUAUAGUCUCUGUUUAUACAGCAGGCUCUUUGAGCCUACUAUCAGCUGGACAAGUUUGUUGUAUUACAGUCCAGUACGUCUGCUACUUCACUAUUAGAGUCUGCGUGUCUCAGACCUAGAAAGUUUUGGGGAAAUCCCUCUGCUACACACACCCUUUGAAAAAGACACAAGUUGCACUGCCAGUAGCGUACUGGAAUCCACGUCUGAAAUAAUAUUACACGUAACAACAUCAAAAAGGAACAUGCUCACUUGCAACGCACAGUGUAGCAUUGAAAGUGAACUAUGAAUGACAUCAUGUGUCGCCACAAUGGUUUAUGAAGAACAAUGUAAUUUCUACGUAGCAGCCUUAGGAAGCAAAUUAAAACAAUACUGAGUAUCAGAGUUACAAUUAUGUUCACAGAAUUGAGCCUGGGAAGGUUCUUAAAGGGGAAGGAGAGGUACCGUAUAUGACUUUUAUUCAGUAACUAGUUAGUUAAUCCACUGUCCAAAGCAAUGUUCUAGAAAUGUUGUGGAUUAUCUAUGAGCCAGGCCAUAUAUGGCAUGCCAAGCGGAGUUGAUGAUCAAUAAGCCUGCUAUAACACUGUCAUUAUAGCCAGAAAAACAAAAGAAAACUGUUACCACUAACUGUUGUAGGAGGUUAAGUAUAUAAUGGAUGCUUGUAUAUAAACAGAUAAUGAGUGACAAUAUACUAUAACACAGUUGUAAUUGUAUAAAAUAUGUCUUAAUGGGAGAAGUUAUAAUUGUUGAAAAUACUGUUCAUUAACAUUAACAAAUGUCCUUAUGUCUGCUUAUAACUACAUUAUAAUGUGUUAUAAACAAUUUGUUAUAUGUUUAUAUAUUGCUUAUAGAUGAUGAAUGGGGGGUUAAAGUAAAUUGUUACCGCCUUAAGGCCAAAGCUGUCACAAACAUGGUUCUCAUUUGGUCUUGGAACAUUUCCUUAUUGAAUAGUGUGCAGCCAGUGGGUAUGGGUAAAGUUACAUUUUAACAUUAAAAUGGAUAUGUGAGCAAGUGUGUGGAAAAGUUUUUAUUACAUCCAUCUUUUUUCAAAACAUAUAGGUAGUAUUGCAUAUUUCUCCCAUAAUAUCAUUACCUUCCCCACUUCCUAGAUUCAAUUAUCACUGCAUUGUUCAGUCUUUCUGCAAAUGUGUGUCAUGUUUGAUUCCACCAGGAUGUCAAGCCAAAAACAUAAAGCCACAUCAUUAUCUUUCAUGGUACCUCUACUGCGGGAAAUAAAAUGAUAAGAAACCACAGAUACACCACAAGUUUUGAUUCCAUGAAAUAAACCUUCACAAGCUAAAAACACUCACUGAAAGUCUAACUGUUAUACAAAAUAGACAAACAAUCUGCCAAGAAAAAAAACCCUUUAUUUUUUAUACCACUCCCACUCUUACAACACUCCUGGCCAAAGGGGCUUGGCCAAAAGACUUAUAAGAGAAGUGACGUCCAGGUGGAGCAUCAUUCAGGUGAGCAUUCACAUUCUCAUGUCUCCACUCUCUACUGCCUGAGGAUACUACUUCACUGUACCAGACACAGGAAUACACCUCUGACUUAACAAGAUUGUCCUUUUAGUAUGCUGGCAGAUAUGGAGAUGAUAGCUUAUGUGCCUGACAUCAGGCUGAGUGGAGACCGGGGGGCGUGGAGCGGAGUGGCUCCCCCCUCCUCCUGCCCUGAGGUGGACCUGGAGGUCAUCGAGGAGUACCUGCAGGAGCACUCACUGGAGGUCCAGCCUGCGCACACACCUGCGUCACCUCCAGCCACGAUGGGGCAACAAACGCACACACACUCUCACCAGGGCACCAGGAUCAUAGAGAAUAGCUGGUUAGGUCAGCGUCCAUAUGAGUGGGACUAUGGCUCUCACACUCCAAACGAGGAAUAUGAAGAGCAAGCCCUGGCUACAGCCUGGCCUAUUCGCCGUGACAACCAAUGGGACCACAUUUCGUACUCCUACGAGGCACCUGCAUACAUUGACUCAGACUCCCAGUCCAGUAGCUCCCAGUACCAGGAAUACCAAGAUUCCCCGUCACCAUCAUCUGACAGGGGAGGCAGGAAGGACAGAGAUUCCCUACCUCUUGCCCCACUUUCAGGAAAGAGGAAGGAGCGGUUGUUCCAGUUCCUGUUCGAGAUGCUCCAGACGCCAUCGAUGCGGAGCUGCAUCUGGUGGGUCCAGUCUUCCGCCGGCACGUUCCAGUUCUCCUCCCAAAACAAGGAGCGCCUGGCGCAGCUGUGGGGCCAGCGAAAGGGUAAUCGCAAGACCAUGACCUACCAGAAAAUGGCACGGGCGCUGAGGAACUACUCCCGCACUGGCGAGAUUCAGAAGGUGAAGAGGAAGCUCACUUACCGGUUCGAUGAGAAAACACUGCGAGGCCUACAAGGAGACUCUAAUGCAGUGUAGUAAGCAUGAUGGAGAGUGUAUACAAGCAUAGAAAUAGAAUAAGCACAAUGGCUAUUCAGAGAAAAUCGCUGUGGUUGUCCCAUUAAUGUCCGUUCUGCUGAUUCUAAUUCUACGGCAUGUAGAAACAAAUGAAUACUGAGUAUUUAAAAAGCCAGAAGAUGAAACGCUGUAGGUUAGAGCUUUCUGUAGAUACAGAACCAUAUUGGAGUUGGUAUAAGGGCUGAACAGGAAAUGUUGAUAGUUAUGAGAGAAAGCAAAUUCAAGCUAAUGUGUGAAAAGUCAGCUGGCAUUAAAAAUAAUGUAAAUCUAGAAGGUUGUCACAGAAUAUCUACUUUAUAAGUAGAACUUACAUCAUUCUUAAAAUAAAAGUUGUGGUUUUCUGUUUUUUUGUGAUUCUGUAUUGCAGAUAUUCAGCAGAUAUCAGAUCAUUUUAUAGACUUCUUAACAAAAUUAGGUUGUUUAAACAUGAUCUAUUUGUGUUAAAAUAUCUUUUUUUAAGAUGAAUAAAUAAAUCUGAAAAUAUUUUCAGAAU